AUGUCGGGCGCUUUGCAAACCGAUGCGGAGGAUCUCAGUUUCGAAGAUGCUGCGGACCAAGCGGGUGUCACAAAGCUCAAGGAGAAGCUCGUCUACGCAAGAACCAUAGUUGCCCAUCUUCGCCCCGUCCAAUCCGCAUUGUUAGAACAGGAGGCACGCCACAUGCCAAGCGUUCCGGUGUUUUCCGCACCACGCCCCAUAACACGUGCACCCUCCGCUUCCACGUCCUUGCCUGAGUCUGGCUACGUGGCGACGGAGCCCUGGAACUCGCAGGACAAUGCCAUUGCGAAUCGCCAGGCCGAAUGGCGAAAAACCAUACCUGACGGUCCCCUUGGCGCUCUUAAUGACCACCCCGCAAAUGUUCAGCUCAAGGACAAGCGUGCGCUAUACAAGUUCUGCGCCGAUCGCGCGUCAGAGACGAUGGAGAGAGUACUGGCACUUGAGCGCAUGAUGGACCAAUGCGAUCAGGAGAUCCAGCAGCUCCAUGCGCUUAUGAUGUUUACCACCAUCUGGUACGCAUCGGCUCUUUUGAAAUGCGUUGAUAGUAAUGUUUACCAGAGGGACGGCUGGCGGACCGGCUUGUACACUCUGUAG